GAAGGCAGACGCUUAACCGCUGUGCCACCCAGGCGCCCCGGAAUUCUCAGACUCUUAAGGCUUUUGCUCCCAAAGGGGAUGGAGUGUUACCUUACUGUUUAUAUUAGUCCGCUUGGGCUGCCAUAACAAAAUAACACGGACUGGGCAGUUUAAACAACAGAAAUGGUUGGGGUUUUUUUGUGUUUUUUUGGUUUUGUUUUGUUUUGUUUUGUUUCGUUUUUACAGUUCUGAAGGCUAGGAGUCCAAGGUCAGGGUACCAGCAUGGUUGAUUUCUGGUGAGGACUCUCUUCCUGGCAUGUGUAAGCUUGCCUUCUCCCUGUGUUCUCCCAUAGCCUUUCCUCUCUGUUUAUGCUGAGAAACGGAUUUUUCUGGUGACUCCUCCUCUUAUGAAUACACCUGUCAGAGCCCUAGCUGGCUGACCUCAUUUAGCCUUAGUUACCUCCCUGAAGCCCCUAUCUCCAACUAUAGUUACAUUGAGGGUUAGGGCUUCAGCAUGUGAAUUUGGGGGUGAGGGUGGGGUGGUAAGAUAUAAACCAGUCUAACACUGUUUUAAUUUGCAUUUUCCUAAUUACCAGGGAGAUUGAACAUCUUUUCAUGAUGAGGGUGAUUCAACUUUCAUCUUUGUGAAUUGCUUGUCAUAUCUUCUGCACAAUGAGGGCAGAGUAUCUCAUUGAUUUAUAGCAAUUUUUUAUGUAAUCUGGAUGCAAAUAUACAUUGCACAAAUCUCCCAUUCCCCCACUUGCUGUAUUAGUUUUCCUAUUGCUGCUAUAACAAGUUACCACAAACUAAAUGGCUUAAAAUAACACAGAUUUGUUGUGUUACAGUUCUGGAGGUCAGAAGUCUGAAAUGGGUCUUGCUAAGCUAAAAUCAAGAUGUCAGAAGGGCUGCAUUCCUUUCUGGAGCUUCUAGGGAGAAUGUGACCGGACAGGGAACCAGUUCAGAACUCAGAACCCAUGCAAGGAAGAAGACAGGGGAGUGAAACAUUUAGAAUAUUGGAAGAAAAACCCACCAGCCUAGAAUUCUGUACCCUGUGAAAUUAUCCUCCAAAAGUGAGAAGAAAUGAAGACUUUCUUAGACAAACAAAAACUGAGGGCAUUUGUUGCCAGUAGAUCUGCCUUACAAGAAGUGUUAGAAGUCGUUCAGAGAGAAAGAAAAUUAUAUAUUCAGAAACUUGGAUCUACGUAAAGGAAAAACAUUGGAAAAUGAAUACGUGAAGGAGGAUAUGGCAAAAAAAGUGGUCGUAGUAAAAAAUGGAGGGAAAUGCUGAAGCUGCCCCCUGUCAGCCAGUGCAGCGAGCUUAGACAUUCCAUUGAAAAGGAUUAUAGCAGUCUUUGUGACAAGCAGCCAAUAGGAAGACUUCUCUUCAGGGAAUUCUGUGAUACACAACAUGAUCUAAAGGGACGCAUUGAAUUCCUGGAUGCAGUGGCAGAAUAUGAAGUGGCCGCUGACGAGAACCGAAGAAGCUGUGGACUGCAAAUCUUUGACACGUUCUUCGGUGCCAAGCCGGCAGCCCCUUUACCAGAAAUACCUUCCCGUGUUUUGAGAGAAUGUCGGUUAAGACUGAAGCAGAGCCCUGGCAAGGACGUCUUUGAGGAAUGCACCAGAAUUGUCCAUAACUAUUUAAGUGGAGAACCAUUUGAAGAAUACCAAGAAAGCCCAUACUUUUCUCGAUUUCUACAGUGGAAAUGGCUGGAAAGGCAACCAGUAACAAAGAACACAUUUAGACAUUACAGAGUUCUAGGAAAAGGCGGAUUUGGUGAGGUUUGUGCCUGUCAGGUGCGAGCUACAGGAAAGAUGUAUGCGUGUAAGAAGCUAGAGAAAAAAAGAAUAAAGAGGAGGAAAGGUGAAGCCAUGGCUCUCAACGAAAAGAGAAUCCUAGAAAAAGUGAAUAGCAGAUUUGUAGUUAGUUUGUCCUACGCUUAUGAAACCAAAGAUUCCUUGUGCUUGGUGCUAACCAUUAUGAAUGGAGGGGACUUGAAGUUUCACAUCCACAACAUGGGCAACCCUGGCUUUGAUGAGCAGAGAGCUAUUUUCUAUGCUGCUGAGCUGUCCUGUGGCUUGGAGGAUUUACAGAGGGAAAGAAUUGUGUACAGAGACUUAAAGCCUGAGAAUAUUCUCCUCGAUGACCGUGGGCACAUCCGGAUCUCAGACCUGGGUUUAGCCACGGAGAUCCCGGAAGGGGGGACCAUCCGAGGAAGAGUGGGGACCGUCGGCUACAUGGCUCCUGAAGUUAUCAAUAAUGAAAACUAUACAUUUAGUCCUGAUUGGUGGGGACUUGGCUGUCUGAUAUAUGAAAUGAUUGAGGGACAUUCUCCAUUCAGAAAAUUCAAAGAGAAAGUCAAGCGAGAGGAGGUGGACCGAAGAGUGAGGAAGGACACCGAGCAGUAUUCAGAGAAGUUUUCGGAGGACGCCAAGUCCGUCUGCCAGAUGUUACUCACCAAGAAUCCCAAACAGCGGCUGGGCAGCAAGGCCGGAGCAGUGGAAGUAAAAGCUCACCCCGUGUUCAAGGACAUUAAUUUCAAGAGGCUGGAAGCAAAUAUAUUAGAUCCGCCUUUCUGUCCUGAUCCGCACGCCAUUUACUGUAAGGACAUCGUGGACAUCGAGCAGUUCUCCACGGUGAGAGGGGUCUACCUGGACACCACAGAUGACACAUUCUACAGUCAGUUUGCUACGGGCUGUGUCUCCAUCCCCUGGCAGAACGAGAUGAUCGAAUCGGGUUGUUUUAAGGACAUCAAUGAAGAUGAGCCUGAAGAAAACAUGGUGUUGAAUGUGGAAGAGAAAAUGUAUCACUCGGUUCCCAAACCGAAGAGAGGCUUCUUCUGCAGACUCUUCAGGAGAGGGGGCUGCAUUAGCGGUGGCCCCAGCGAGAAGGAAGAGCUGCCCACAAGUCUGUGACCACUCACUGCAGAGCCCGACCCCAGCGCCAAGGAGCCUGUGCUCAGCGUUCCAUCCCAUCUGCGAGCCGCAAUAAACAAGCGACAUAGCUUAACAUGAGCCGUAUGUGUCUGCGGAUUUCUCUAUAUCCAUACCUGAAUUGUGUUUUCACCAAAGCCGGGUUGAAUAAAAAGGCACUUGAGGACUGCCCUGAUGCCCAGAAGCCCCUGGUGUGGACAUCUUGUGGUGGGGGUUCAAGUGCCAUGUGUGCCCACAGAGAGGACGGAAGAGUGGGCUUGGGCAUCAGCCCAGCAGUGUCCACAGCCAAGGGUCCUGUUCCUCAAGCCCAGAGUGUCCUCCAGUGCCCACUGAGGCGGGAGGCAGGUGGGGCCCUGCUUUCCCCAGAAAGUCUUUGCCCGUUUGUGUCCACACUGACAACCACUCACUUGCCAAGAUUCUUCUGUGUGAGGUGUGCGCGGUCCUGUGUGCGCGUCUUCGUGGCACUCCUGUGCACGCUCUGGAAGAGGGUGUGUGGAGGCCCCCCGGGCCAGGGCUUGGCCGUCGGUGGCUGCUCCCCCAACUCCGGCAGCCUGGGAGUCUCCAGGACUGUGCGGUGCAGCUGGGAGACGCCUGUGCUUCGGUUGUAGGCGUAGAGCCCCCUCCACGGCACCGACUGGCACUUGGUGUAGGAGCUGGCUUCCCACACAGGCUAAGGGAUGCCGGGAUUCCAAGGUCAGGAACUCCUUCCCUCCGCCAGGACUGGCCGCAGAGGAAGGUGGAGCCCCUUCCGCGUGGUGGGAACGUGGGCUCUGUUACUUGGCGCCCACGGGCAUUGUGAAGAUGGGGGGGGGCAUGCAGAUUCUGCAGGGAGGCGGCGGUGUUGCUGGCUGACCAGGGGCCCCAAGGUGCAGAACUGGGGCUUCCUCCCAUAUCCGCAUGCACGAGGGCUGCAGCAGGGGCUGGGUGAGAAGCCGGGGGCCAGACCUCAGUGACUUUCACCAAACAGCAAGGACUUGGUCUGGAUAUGGAGACCCCGCCACCCGGCACUUCCGGGAGUGCUGGUACAACUGUGUGCAUGUUCACGGCAGUCUGGGGCACAGCAGCGAUUCGGAGGGCCAAGGGCGCUUGCUCUGUACCGAUAUGGGGGGAGGGAGGAGUUACCUUGGGGUCCGGGGACUUUAUUUUAGGGAUGGCUUCUGUUCAGAUGGCGGCCCUCAUCUCGGUUUGAAGACAGCAGGAGGUGGGGGAUGGAGACCCAAGGCCUUUGUAAGGCAUUUAGUAGAGCAUUUGGUCUGUGCUACCCGCUCAGUAAAUCUGUUAGUAAUUGUGGAAAAGUAACGUAUGCUCCUCAUAAACAAUGCAGGACGGUUUAGAGAAAACAGAAAUCCGGGGCGCCUGGGCGGCUCAGCAGUUGAGCGUCUGCCUUCGGCUCAGGUCAUGAUCCCAGGAUCCUGGAAUCGAGUUCCCCAUCAGGCUCCCUGCUCU